CUGUAGUGAUCGUAAGAGAAGUACCAAGCGAGGUAGAAUUAAGAGUACCAGAAGGAAAUAUGGGGACAGGGGUCCCGGUGAGUUUAAAGACAAUGUGGAAAUUCGAGCUCUGGUGAGUUGAAAGGGAAUGUGGGAAUUUGAGCUCUGGUGAGUUGAAAGGGAAUGUGGGAAUUUGAGCUCUGGUGAGUUGAAAGGGAAUGUGGGAAUUCCAGCUCUUGUGAGUUGAAAGGGAAUGUGGGAAUUUGAGCUCUGGUGAGUUUAAAGGGAAUGUGGGUAAUGGGGCCUGAGAAAUUUUAAAGUGAAUGUGAGAAAUGGCGCCCCAAUGAUUUUAAAGCAGGGGGUCCCAACUGGGGUCCAUGGCAUAAAAAAAAAGCUUGGGAACGCCAGGUUUAAAGGGAAUGCGAGCCAGUUGUGGAACCUUCAGGAGGAUUUCUGAAAAACCGGAUAAGGGAUUGUUGGCGUUUUACUGUAAUGGAAUGGCAUUUCCUACCUUUCCAUCUGUGGGAAGGAUUCUAGAAUCUAUUGAAUUUAGGAAUUUGACAGCCAGUACAUCCACUAUCUUCAAAAGCAGCAGCUCUUUCAAAAGAACACACACACACACACACACACACACAUACAUGCUGGGGAACUCAGCAGGCCAGGCAGCAUCUAUGACAAAGAGUACAGUAGAGGUUUCGGGCCGCGACGCUUCCUCGGGACUCUUUCAAAAGGUUACUGAAGAUAUAUCACCUUUUCAGACCUAGUUCCCUCAACACAAACGUUAAAAAAAGCAUGUGCAUGGAUUUAAAGUAACGGAUAAAUGAUGAGAUUUUUCACUCGGGCUGGGGCGGGGUGAGGGGUGAGGGGUGGCUUGGAACUCAUUGACUGGAAGGGUGGUGGAGGCAGGGACGUGCAUCCUUUGGUUUUCGCUUCGGCAGGAUUACAGGAUCCAGUGUAGUUUAAAGCAGAGUUUAAGAUCAGAACAGGAGUGUUUUUUUUUAACCUGGGGCGUGACCGCUUCCAUUUAGUAAAAAAAUCAACUUCCUUUUCGAUCUGUCAUUUUUAAAGUGAGAAGUGACUGACUGCGGGUUAGUUUUCUUCCAGAGAUCCAUGCUUUUCGUCUUCUGAUUUGGUCGAAUUCCUACUUCUUGUCUUGAAGAUUUUUAUAUCCGGAGGACAGUGCGGGCUGGUAUCACCCUACGCCCACUCAACCCGGCAAGUAAAAUUAGUCAAUGGAAAGGCGGCGCCAGCGCCCUACCCAUUCACUAUCGAUUACUGGAAGAGAAAAUUUGCUGUUAAAUACUGAUCAUCUUAACUUCUGAAAGUAAGAAGGGGAAGAGCAUUACCACACCGCAGCAGAAUUUCUGAUACACCUUUUUGGUGUAAAAUUGUUGAACUUCCUGUUGCAAAUUUCCCGUACUUCGAACUUCUUUGAAAUGGACCUGCGAGGAUUCAGCAAGAUUUCACUUAACGCACUCUUUUACUUCGCUGCGUUUAGAGUGGCAGCAGCUGUUGACAUUCGCAAUAAGGAUUUCAUCAAGGAAUGCAUCAGUACCCACAACCUGUAUCGCUCUCAAGUUAACCCUCCCGCCAGCGACAUGCUGUACAUGUCAUGGGAUAGGACUCUCGCUGAAGCAGCUCUUGCAUGGAGUAAGAAAUGCAUAUUUGCUCACAACAAGGAUCUAAAAACUCAUUGGAAACUUCAUCCAGUAUUCAAGACUAUUGGGGAGAACAUUUAUGUCCAGACGGGUUCCAGUUUAGAUGUUCCCGCUGCUAUAGAAAGUUGGCAUAAUGAAAUUCACUAUUAUGAUUAUAACUCCAACAGGUGCGGAAAAGUGUGUGGUCAUUACACCCAGCUCGUCUGGGCAUCAAGUUACAAAGUUGGCUGUGCAGUUCACACCUGCCCAGGGGGAAUUGCUCAGUUCAGCCGUGAGCCUUCGACCAUUUUUGUUUGCGAUUAUGGACCACCUGGAAAUUAUCCAAGACAUCCUUAUUUAGAAGGAAAAGCAUGUACUCAGUGCCCUGACAGUUGGUGUGAAAAUAGAUUAUGCAGAAAUGCAACACGAGAGAUGACAAAUAAUUCAGACUCUGCAUGUGACAAUUACUGCAUCGCUGUUGUAGCAAUGAGACCAUUGACUCUGAUUAUUACUGUCGUUGGAGUAUAUCUGAUACAGCAGAAGUACACUAACAUGUUUGCCUAUACAUAGUACAUGCCAGUUUAAAUCAUGUCUGCAAUUAUAUCAGACCUGAAUACUGGAUUUUGUGUGGUUGAAAGAAAGGAAAUAAAUGACACCUCCAUUAAACACAAAACAUAGGUAUCAACUCUCAAAAUUUCUGAAGAAUCAUGAUGGAGGUCAUACUUUGAUCUGCACUGUAGCUCAAAUAGUGAUACCAUGACAACUUUUCAAUUUGUCAGUUGGUUUGUUAACUUCUAUAGUGGAAAUAACUUCAAAUUACCUGCACUAUCUAAACAGGAAUGCAUUAGGAAGCUAUUGGAUAUUUUAGAUGAGGACUAUCAUUGAAUAUGAAAGGGGAAAUUUUGGGAGGUAAUUAAUUUUUCUGGUUAGCGACUGAAGCUUGAAUUUUGCUUUAACAUUUUUAAAAUAAUUUUUAUUGAGAUGCAUCUUGAUCUUUUUGUACUUUGAUGUGAAUAUUUUUGCUCAUUACUGUUAACAACAUUUCCACAUGGAAACAGAGCUUUAUAUUUUGUUUUCAGCAUUAACUGUCCCAGAUCAAUUAUAAUGCAGUCUAAUAAACCAUGAAACUCUUUCACAUGUUUCAAUUUGCACUUCAAAUAUUAAAUGUUUUAUUUCUGUACUUGCUUCAAGAUUUGUCAAUGCCAAAUCAGGAAUUUGUCCUCAGGUCUUGGCCUGAGACGUUGACUGUACUUUUUUCCAUAGAUGCUGCUUGGCCUGCAGAGUUCCUCUAGUAUUUUGUGUGUGUUGGUUGGAUUUCCAGCAUUUGCUGAUUUUAUCUUGUUUGUGUUAGGAAUUUGAUUAUGGUCCACAUUUACUGGAUUAAUGGACAGAACUGAAUUUGUGGUGUUCUAAAUAUGCUGAAUAGGUUCUGCCUUAAACUCAUUCUGCAAUAAAAAUGUUCAAAAUGGGGUUCCAUUUAAAAUUGUUUUGUAAAACAAGAGAUUAUUAUUUGAAUAAGUAUAGCAUUUUGGUAUCAAUUUGAAUCAAUGCAUUUAAGGACUUCAUAAAGGAUCAACUUUAUUUGCCAUAUAUAUUUACAUGUAUUAGGAAUUUACUGUGAAGUGUUGGUCAGGGCUUGACGUGCAACUAAAAAUGUCAAUAUUCGACAAUUAUAAAGAAUGAUGCAAAAAAAUAAGUCAGAGGUUAAAGGAGAGAAACUAUGCAUACCAGCAUAUAGUUACAAUGUAAAAACCACUUUUUGUAACACCUUUUAAGUGUCUACGGUGUAGUACAGUGACAUGCUAACGCGCGUGGUUGGUGAGAUUGACAGCCUGGGAAAGUAAGUUUUAAGAUAAUGUGGUUUUUGUUUUUAAAAGCCCUAUAACACUAUCCAGAAGAGAACUUCUAGAAAAUGCAGUUUACAGGGUGGGUAGUAUCAGCUAUGAUUUUUUUUCCCCUGCUUGCUGCUUUCUUUCUUUUUGUCCACCUUAUUUAAAAAAAAUUAAAUUUACAUUUAACAUUUAAUAUUAAAAGUAUUAGAUUAACAUGUCCGCAGAAGGCAAGGUGUGUUUGUAGAUGGGUCAUACUCUGCCUGGAGGUCAGUGACCAGUGGUGUUCCUCAGGGAUCUGUUCUGGGACCCCUCCUCUUUGUGCUUUUCAUAAAUGACCUGGAUGAAGAAGUAGAAGGGUGGGCUAGUAAAUUUGCCAAUGACAGAAAGAUUGGGAUUCUUGUGGAUAGUCUGGAGGGUUGUCAGAGGUUACAGUAGGACAUCGAUAGGAUGCAGAACUGGGCUGAGAAUUGCAGAUGGAGUUCAACCCAGAUAAGUGUGACGAGGUUCAUUUUGGUAGGUCAAAUUUGAAGAAAAAAUAUAAUAUUAAUGUUAAGACUCUUGGCAGUAUGGAGGAUCUGAGAGAUCUUGGGGUCCUUGUCCAUAGGACACUCAAAGCUGCUGCGCAGGUUGACAGUGUUGUUAAGAAGGCGUAUGGUGUGUUAGCAUUCAUCAACUGUGGAACUGAGUUCAAGUGUUGUGAGGUAAUGUUAUAGCUAUAUAAGACUUUGGUCAGACCCCACUUGGAGUACUAUGUUCAGUUCUGGUCACCUCACUACAGAAAGGCUGUGGAUACUAUAGAGAGAAUGCAGUGGAGAUUUACAAGGAUGUUGCCUGGAUUGGAGGUUGUACCUUUAUGAGAACAGGUUGCGUGAACUUGGCCUUUUCUCCUUGGAGCGACAGAGGAUGAGAGGUGACCUGAUAGAGGUGUACAAGAUGAUGAGGGGUAUUGAUCGUGUGGUAGCCAGAGACUUUUACUCAGGGUUAUACAUUUUGGAGUUCAUUGCUGACCAAAUGAGCUAAUUAUAUCCAUGGCUACUACUGUAAGUCCAUGAGUAUUCUGCAACCAGAAAUGCUUCCCCAUUCCCAAACCAAAAUUUCUCCACAAUCUGAUGUAGAUAGUAUCUUUUCCAGAGGACCAGCUGUGCACAGCCUCAAUACGGCUGCAGAUUGCAUCUAACUUAAACAUCUCCCUCCAUCACUGGAAUCUCUGAUACCUACAUAUAAAAAGUUGCCAUACUUUCUUCAGGAAAACCUUAAGUUCCUCUACCUGCUAGGAUAAGCUGGGCAGGAGUUAUCCAUGGCCUCCUAACUUACCCUCAAUGUAAUGCCAAAAUACUUUGCCACUUCGGAUCAUAAUUUUGACAUAGCAGAAUAUGUCAUAAUCAAAUUUAUUUAUCACAUGUACAUUGAUGCAUUUAGACCAUAAGACAUAGGAGCAAAAUUAGGCUGUUUGGCCCAUUGAGGCUGCUCUGCCAUUCCAUCAUGGCUGAUACUUUUUUCCCCUCCUCAGCCCCACACCGUGGUCUUCUUCCUGUAACCUUUGAUGCCGUGGCCGAUUAAGAACUUCUCAAUCUCCGCCUUAAAUACACCCAACGACCUGGCCUCCAUUGCCACCCUCUGGCUAAAGAAAUUUCUCCAUUUCUCUGUUUUAAAUAGACGUCCCUCUAUCCCGAGGCUGUGCCCUCUUGUUGUAGACUCCCCCACCUUGGAAAACAUCCUUUUCACAUCUACUCUGGCUAGGCCUUUCAGGAUUCAAAAGGUUUCAAUGAGAUCCCCCCCCAUUAUCCUUCUAAAUUCCAGUGAGUACAGGCCAGAGCGAUCAAACAUUCCUCAUACGAUAACCCUUCCUCUUCUGGAAUCAUCCUCGUGAAUCUGAACUCUCUCCAAUGCCAGCACAUCUUUUCUUAGAUAAGAAGCCCCAAACUGUUCACAAUACUCAAGGUGAGGCCUCACCAGUGCCUUAUAAAGCGAGGAGGUGAUAGAAAGGAGUUAUAGGCAGGUGGUUACACCAGGGCCACGGGAGACAGACAAGUCAUGAGGGGGAAGGGAAAGAGUCAGGUACUAGAGAGUACCCCUGCAGCUGUACCCCUUGACAAUAAGUACUCCUGUUUGAGUACUGUUGAGGAGGGGGUGAUAGCCUACCUGGGGGAAGAGACAGUGGCUGUGCCUCUGGCACAGAGUCUGGCCCUGUGGCUCAGAAGGGUAGGGAAAGGAAGUAGUGAUAGGGGACUCUAUAGUUAGGGGGUCAGACAAGCAAUCCUGUGGAUGCAGGAAACAAACUCAGAAGGUAGUUUGCCUCCUAGGUGCCGAGGUCCAGGAUGUUUCAGAUUACGUCUAAAAUGUCCUGCAGUGGGAGGGAGAACAGCCAGAGGUCAUGGUACCUAUUGGUACCAACAACGUAGAUAGGAAAAGGGAAGAGGUCCUAAAAAAAGACUGCAGGGAGUUAGGAAGGAGGUUGAGAAGCAGGACCGCAAAGGUAGUAAUUUCAGGAUUACUGCCUGAGCCACGCCACAGUAAGUACAGGAAUAGAAUGAGGUGGAGGAUAAAUGUGUGGCUGAGGGAUUAGAGCAGGGGGCAGGGAUUCAGAUUUCUGAAUCACUGGGACGUCUUUUGGGGCAGGUGUGACCUGUACAAAAAGGACGGGUUACACUUGAAUCCUGGCAGGAAGGUUUGCUAAGGCUACUGGGGAGAGUUUAAACUAGAAUUGUUGGGGGGGUGGGAACCGAACUGAAGAGACUGGGGAAGAGGAGGUUGGCUUACAAAUAAAGAAAGCUUUUAGACAGUGCGAGAGAGAGGAUAGGCAGGAGACAGAGAAGGGACGCGCUCAGAUUGAAGGUCUGAGAUGUGUCUUUUUUUGUCAUUUUUUUUGGUUCAUCAUCAAACAAACAUUUCCAUAAGAUGUAUUUCAGAUUUUGUACAUACAUCAUAAUCAUAUUUGCCACAAAUCUUCACAAUAUUUAUCUGAGGUAUACACUUGUAGAAAAGAGAGGAAAGAAAGAACAAGUAAAAGGAGAAAACUAUGUACAAGUAGGGAGUGAUCUUUUUUUUACAACAUAUUGAUUUAUGAGAACAAAAUCAGGCCUAUGAGGUGUUAUGUAGUUAAAACACUUUUCCCAGUAUGAAUCAAAUUGUUCCAACUUAUGAUUAACAGAUGCUGUUACCUUCUCCAUUUUGUAAAUGUCCAUUGUAAUUUUCAUCCAUGCAUUUAAAGUUGGGCUCUCCUGUGAUAACCAUCUCCUGGUAAAAGUCUUUUUACCAGCCAAUAGCAGUAUAUUCAUUAAAUAUUUAUCUCUUUGCAACCAUUCUUGAGGUAUAUACCCAAAAUAUAUGGUCUUACUUUCACAUUUAAAGAUGCUUUGUAGGACACUGUGUAUCCCACUCCAAUAGUCUUUGAUAAUGGGGCAUUCCCAGAAAAUAUGAUAAUGGUUUGCAUUUUGAUUUUCACAAUUUCUCCAGCAAGCUGGGAGGUUACUACCAUAAUGGGAUUUCUGAGAGGGUGUAAUAAAAUGUCUUAUCAAGUCUUUCCAUCCAAACUCCCUCCAUUUCUGUGAACUGGUACACUUACAUUGAUACCUCCAUAUUAUUGUCCAUUCUUCCUCAGAUAUAAUUAUCCCUCCUUCCUUCUCCCAUUUUGUUUUAAUGUAUGAAGUCGAAUGUGUUUUAAGAUUUGACAAGCUGUUAUACACGCUUGAAAUGAUUCUACUGCUGUUAUCUGAAUUGUAUGCUUUUCUAAAUGGCUCUAUCAAACAUGUAUUUGCCUUGGUUACAUUUUUAACCCCCCUAUUAACACACUGUCGCAUCUGUAAAUACUGACAAAAGUCUUGUUUUUCUAAUAAGUGUUUCUCUUUAAGCAUUUCAAAACAUCUUUCAUUAUAUUGCAAAGAACUGUUAUUCUUUUAGCUGUCCAGUCCUUAAGUCUAGCAUCCAGUGUAUUCAGCGUAAAAUCCAAGUCAUAUGCACACCAUUUAAGAAUUGCAAUAUCUUUCUCUAGUUUAUAUUAUUUUAUAAUAGUUUUCCAUAUUUUAAGAGUCCAUUUCACCCAUGGGUUAUCAAUAGUAUUUAUGUACCUUUGUAGGUUGUUAUCAGCCAAAGUUGCUUGUAUGGGGAUGGGAAGUAUCCCCCCUCCCCAAUGUUUUUCCAUUGAGUGUCAUAUGAUGGGUUGCACUAACAUAUCACAGCUCUCAACUGUGCUGCAAAAUAAUAAUCUCUAAGAGAAGUUAGGCCUCAUCCCUCGUUUUCUUUGGCUAAUUGCAAAGUUUUGAGAUGAACUCUAGGCCUUUUACCCUGCCAACUAUACCUUGAUAACAUUUUGUUCAAUUCAUUGAAUUGAUUUUGAUUAAUCUCUAUUGGUAGGGUCUGAAAGUGAUAUAAUAGUCUGGGCAGUAUAUUCACUUUAAUAGAUUCAAUCCUUGAACUGAGACUAAAAAAAGGAAUUAGGUUCCAUCUUGUUAAAUCUUCCUUAAUUUUUAUAUAUAGGCUGAUAAUUGCAUUCUGAUAAUUUUGCCAAAUCUUUUGGCAUAAUAAUGACCAAAUAUUUGAAAGACUCUGUUUGCCAUGCCCAGGGGUAUCUACUUUGAAGUUCACUUGGUGGGCUGUGGUUAUAUGAAAGUAAUUGGGUUUUAUCUAUGUUGAUCCUAUAUCCCGAUAAUUGACUAAAUUGUUCAAAGGAUUGCAUCAAUUUAGGUAAAGAGUAUGUUGGUUGCCCUAGAUAGAUCAAAAUGUCAUCUGUGUAACAGGCCAAUUUAUGCUCUAUCCCUUUAAUACUAAUUCUCCUGAUAUCUUCAUUUUGUCUGAUGUAUUGAGCUGAUGGUUCCAGAUAUAAUGCGAAGAGUAGUGGUGACCAUGCACAACCCUGUCUCGUGCCCCUUUCUGGGGUAAGACUAUUUGAUAAAUAUCCAUUAAUUUUAAUCCUAGCAGUAGGAUUGUCAUGUAGUGCCUGUAUAGUUUUAAUAAUUGUGUCAUGGAAACCAAAUCUAUGUAAAACUCUGUAAAGAAAAUUCCAAUUAGCAGAAUUAAAUUACUUUUUAGUGUC